CUCUAUAAAUACCUCCGGUCUUAGCUUUAACCUCACAUUUUCAAUCAAACCACUAUCUAGAAGCUGCUUCCGUCCUUCCUUUCUGUUUCCAUCCGGAAUCUGACGCAAAAUGAUGAAAGUAGUGCUGUGGGUGGACUUUCACUGUGAAAAAAUGAAGUCCAAAGCCAUGAAGGCAGUUUCUAAACUUCCAGGAGUUGAAUCAGUGUCAGUGGACACGAAAGACAAGAAAUUGACAGUAACUGGAGACGUGGACCCAGUAUGCGUAGUAGACAAGCUGAAGAAGGUGUGUAAUACAGAAAUAAUAUCUGUAGGACCAGCGAAGGAGCCAGAGAAGAAGAAGAAAGACGAUGAUAAGGCAAAGAAGGAAGCAGAAGAAAAGAAAAAACUUGAGUUGGAGGCAAAAAGGUUGGCUGAGCUCAGGAGUUUGUCAGAGUAUUAUCACCACCAGAUGAGACAUCCAUAUCCAUAUUACUGUAGAAGCAUGGUUGAAGAAGACCCAAAUAGCUGUGUCAUUUGCUGAAUGUUAGAUCAGACUCAUAUCACCAGAUCACUUUGUUUGAGUUGUGUGUUUCUGUUCAGUUCAUGACUUUUUCUUUUGCUUAAUUUCUGUUCAGGAUGUUCGUAAUGAAGUGACCAUAUUUGAUUUUGC